GACUGCAUGUUGCCCUCCAUACGUCCCAUCUCUUUACCCUCUCUCUCCAACCCUCUUCAAUGGAGUCAAGCACUCACCAAUGAUUCACUUUCACCGGAUAUCAUUUCUCCGUCAACUUUCCGGCAACAAUUUCCGAUAAACAUAUAGCUUCUAUUUUACCACUCUUAACUAAUCUCUAAACACUGUAAGAAUGCUGGAUCUUAACCUAAACUUUAUUCACGAAGACACAACUACUACUUAUUUACAAGGUGAAGUGGAGGAAUCAGGUACUUCAAACUCAUCUGUUGUAAAUACAGAAGCUUGCAGUUCCAGUAACAUCGGAGAAGACGACGAAUCAGUCUCAGUUCCCGGUGACGCAGACAACUUCCAUUGCUUCAGUUUUGACAUCUUAAAGGUCAACGAUGAGACUCCAACAAGUCCGAGUCAGUCCGAGUUCGUGACUCGGUCACUUUUUCCGGUGAGUCGUGAAGAAGGAAGGCAGCAGGUGAACUCGUUGGUGUUAUUUCCCAAUAACAAUAAUAACAAUGAGAGAGUGGUGAAUGUACAACAAAGUAUGCCUACAGUACAACAAAAUCAAGCUGGGAGAAAGAGUAGAAGAGGACCUAGGUCUAGAAGCUCACAGUAUAGAGGAGUUACUUUUUAUAGAAGAACUGGUAGAUGGGAGUCACAUAUUUGGGAUUGUGGGAAACAAGUUUAUUUAGGUGGAUUUGACACUGCUCAUGCUGCAGCUAGAGCGUAUGAUCGAGCUGCGAUUAAAUUCCGGGGUGUUGAUGCGGAUAUUAACUUCAAUGUUAGUGAUUAUGAGGAGGAAAUGAAUCAGAUUAAGAAUCUUUCUAAAGAAGAUUUUGUGCACCUUUUACGGCGCCAUAGCAAUGGGUUUUCGAGAGGUGGUUCCAAGUACCGAGGGGCGAUGAUGAACAACAAGUAUGGUCUAUGGGAAGCUCCAAAUCCAAUGGGGCAGUUUCUUGGAAAGAAGGCUUAUGACAAGGCGGCUAUAAAAUCCAAUGCGUAUGAAGCGGAAACUGUUGCAUCUCAUUGUGGAAACCGGCACAAUUUGGAUUUAAACUUGUGCGUUUCAACCCCUUCGUGUCUUGGAAACGGUCCAACUAGGAAUGAGCAGUUGGACCAUAUGCAGAUGAAUCAUGGUUUUCAUGACCUUAGGAGGAGCUUACAGGCUGGAUCCCCAUCUACAACAACACUUAAAGGACUACCAAUAAUAUCUGAGCAUGGUGAAACAUGGACAGCCACCUAUCCUCAAAUCAUUGGACUUGGAGGGUCAUCACAGGGACCUUCCAACUGGGCAUGGCAACCGCACGGUCAAAGUCAAACCCCAACCGCGUUGUUCACCGCAGCAGCAUCAUCAGGAUUCCCAGCUCCAGCACCCCCAAACUAUCUAAAUUACAAGUAACAGAAUACACCACCACCAUGACCUUUACCUUGACUUUGGCUUGUGAGUUUUGGAGUAGUACUUGUAUGUUAUGCAUAAGAAGUUGUACGUAUAAGUUUUGUAUGGAUGCAACUAUAGAUGCUGCACAUCCUUUUUGAACUGAACCCUUCUUUUGCAUAGCUGGCCAAUGGAUGAGUGGAUAGGUCAAGUUGAAGGUUCACUGGAGAGGGAUUUGCCACGCCAAUGUCGUUGAUUUAUUACCUGGAAUUUCUGAUUUUGUAAACUUUUAAAUAUAUAUAAAUAAGCUUUAAAGUUCUA